AUUAUUAUUUUUUUUCAACAGAGAGCUUUGUGACUUUUGAAAAAUUUCCUUCAUACAGAUACAAAUAAUGUAAGAAAGUAUCGAAAAGCACAAUUGUUUCUGAGUCCUAGAAACCAUCCAACUUAGUAUCCUAUGAGGCUAAGCAGCAAGCUAUAAAUGGAGACUCCAGUCAGACGUUGGUUGAGAUUAUCGUUUCAUAUUUGAGUUACCAGUGAGAUUUUUAUAUCACAAAAUCAAUUAACUAUCCUGACCGGUAUCAACUAAUAUGAAGCUCCACAUAGUUAUGAUUAUGUUGAUGUUGAUCGCUUCAAUCGUCGGAUAUUCAGAGGAUAUUCAGAGAAAUACAUCAAUCAGAAUAAAAUUUCUCAAUCGUUUUUGUCCAAGAGACAACAUAAAAUUGUACACAGAUGAAGCACAGACUGUAGUUGAAGACCUGCAAUUCUUUUAUGGUCCCUAUGUAGCCACACUUCCUUAUGGCUUAUCACAGGCUUCCAAACAGAAGAGAAUAUACACAUUGGAUUAUUUCAAGUUCAUGAAGAGGAAUUAUGAUCAUAUCUACAACUGCCAGGCAACUAUAGAUUACACGUCUUUCGUCAUAAGGUUUAAAAUAAAAUUCUGCAAAAUAUUUGGAGAGUCCUCGCAUCAACAUGGCUUUGGAUCUACACUAUAUGGAUCCAGAGAAUAUAGAAUGUAAGAACGUAUAUUUUAUGCAUAAAAUAUACAUUAUAAACUCUCUAUAUAAUAAGGAACACUCCAACUCAAAAUCUGAUGGAUAAAUAAAUAAACUUUUAUGAUCAAUGAUGUUGUUGUCUCUUUGAAUAUUUUCGUUGGAUUGCCCCUGUUUGGAUCUUUCAAUCCCUUUUUUUUCAACAUGAUUUACAAAUUACAAUUACCAAA